UUCUGUGGCCUUGCAGAUAAUUCCAAUGAAUCCAGUAGUCUGGGAAGUGAUUCUUUGCUACAAAGUUCUCGUUUGACUGGUGGCGGUAGCGUUGGUGGCAAUCCUGUUUUGAGAGCCGGCGUUUUACGUCCAUCCGUGUUGGGACCAUCAAGAUUGGGCUCAGCCCUUUCGUCGAGCAACAACAGCACUAGUACACAAAAUGCCACAUCAACGGUGACUGAUGGUCAGGAGGGUGCGGCAUCGGGCGGUUGUGAUAGUGGUGGUCCAAAGCCGGCAGAAAAAGCAAGCGAACCUUCUAGUAGUAAUCCAUUUUUGAAAGAGAUCAAGGACGAUGAGGAUGCCGGUACCUCAAGCAAGGCCGCCGAUAACAAUAAGGGUACAGACAAUGAGGAAUCAUCGGAAGAGCGUGCCGAUCCCUUAACACUUUUGCGUAAAAAUGGUAUGGAACGGGCUAAUUUAUUUGCGGCCGCCAAAAGCUCUAUACCAUUGGUGGAAAAAUCCGGCUUUGUUUUUGGUCAAAAUUUACACGAACGUGUUGUGGGGGAACAUUUGAAAUCAGAUAAACCAGCGGAAUCGAAUAAUGACGAUUCUUCUACCUCAGCAUCGGGUGAAUUACUUUUCUCAAGUGUAAUACAAAAUGCUGCUGCUGCAGCCAAACCAACAGAGAAUCCCGAUAAAGAUGCUAAUGCCGAAGCCAAGAGUCUGACUGAUGUUGCACGCGAAUAUGAAGAGAGUCGUGCCCAAAAACGUAAAUACGAGGAAGUUGAAACAUUUACUGGUGAAGAAAAUGAAGUCAAUAUUGUCGAUUUGAACUGUAAACUGUUUGCAUUUGUCAAUAGCAAUUGGGAGGAACGUGGUCGUGGUAGUUUACGCCUUAAUGAUUCCAGAAUUGAACAUGAAUGUUCACGUUUGGUAUUUAGAACUGCUGGAAAUCUACGUUUAUUACUUAAUACAAAGGUCUGGGGUGGUAUGGUUGCUGAAAGACCUAGUCAAAAAUCGCUAAGACUCACAGCCAUGGAUAAUACGGGUAAAAUAAAAAUAUUUCUAGUAAUGGCUCGUCCAGCGGAAAUCAAGAAUUUACAUAGUGCUCUUGUGGAGCGUAUAGAGAAACGUAAAUUAUCGCAUCCCGAUGAUAUGAGCACUGCUAAUUCGGGCGCGGAAAAUAGCGGUGAAAGCAAUGGCGAGGAGGCAAACAGCAAUGACGCUGCUAAGCAUGACGAAGUUGCCGCAUCGGCGGUUGUUGCCGAACCAGAUCAUGAUGAUUCCACCGAACCUAGCCCUAAAAAACCUUUGCUGACACCCGAAUCAUCAUCAUCAACAAAAGUACAACAACAAGAAGAAGUGUCUGAUAAUUAA